AUGUGCAAUCUCAGUUCUGGUGAUGAGUUCUGGCACAUCCCCCCACCCCAAGAGUUUGCAGAUAUUAAAAACAAUAGUUUAGAAGGUCUGACGCAAGACUUAGCUUCUUGUAGAAUCAACACUUCUAGUCCAGCUGUUGAUAAACGAGGAGACUUGCAUUUGACCUCCACUGAGGAACUUAAAUGUCUAUAUUGUGCACAAGAAGAAGAAAGAGGGGGUCUGCCACCUUCUUUUGAUGAGUUAUCACAAUCUGACAAUUAUGACCCCGUGUUCACGAGACCCUUGAUGUCUACCAACAGGUCUAGCUUCAUGAAAGACUUCAUCAAUAGUCAGAAAAGAAAAUCCUGGAUUAGAAAUAAUAGUAUUGCCACUGUCGAACACAAAGUAUGUUCAUUACCCAAGAAAAGACGUCAAACAUUUCCUGGGAUGUCACAGGGUCUAGGACUGAUGCAAGAAGAUCUCCAACUACAUUACAGAGAAUCUUUUUCCUCUUUGGUCAUGUGCUCACUUCCCCUCCAGACAGAGAGGCUGGAGAGGACUGAAAAGGGCGAUGACAGGUUAUCUGCAUUUGGAUUAGAAAAUGAUACAUUUUCACAAACCAAAGGGAGUUUAAAACAAGUCUCGGAAAUUCUAGACAGCCAUGACAGAGCACAGCCAUUUCUCAGUCCAUUCUAUGUGACUGGUUCUGAGAUUAAUCCUGAAAUCAUCAUGAACACUGAACACUGUCAAAGACAUGACUUCAACAGUCAACAUGAUACUAACUUGAGCAUUUAUAAGGAUAUGGAAAGUCUAGACACUGAUGAUUGUGAAUAUACUGUUGAUCAAUGUGAAGUAGCAGACAGUGGAUUUGAACAAGAAUUUGGAGAAGGAGAAUAUCACAGUCCAGAGCCCCUUACAGAAGAGCUAACUCGAAGAGCCUUUUCUAUACAAGUCAUCCCUCCAUCCUGCAGUGGCUCAGAGGAACAUAUGCUACAGAGUCACCCAGAAAUACUAUCUGCAAACAAUGAGGUUAAAAACGCAAACCAGAAGGAUUCAGUCUCUUUUUUACCCGGAUAUAGCAAGUUCUCAGUUCAGACAAUAACAGAUGGUGCAUUUGAGCCAAGUCUCUUGCAGAGGGACUCACAAUUAUCCCUGGAUAGUUGUCUAAAGAGGGAUUUUAGAAAUGCUGUGGACGACCCAUGCAUGUCCGUCUUGCAGGACUUAGAUGUAGAAUCAUUAAACUUAAAUGAGGUGACAGAGGACAUUAAACCUAAACCAACUAGUGAAAACACGGAAGGUACCGACCCU